AAUCAGUCGGUUAUGCUUAUGCAUUUCUGGACAAUAUUUAUCUCUAUCCAGUUGCUGUUCAUUCAUGUUCAUCUGGUAUAUGUUUAUUGGAAACUGCUCGAUGACCUAAAACCUGGCGCUGAGGAUGGAACGGAUUAUCAAGCAGUUUAUGUGUUUGAGCUGCCGUUGGUAGAAGACAAUUUACCUUUCUCAUGUGAUUUUGACUUUGAUACUUCGGUGAAGUGUAAGCUCAAGUACAUAGAGAAGCCACCCAGUGACGACAACGACUUUUGUAGAGUUGUACCUGUUUAUAAAUCUCAAACUUCUGAACUAAGGUGCCGCAGAAGAAAGGAUUUUUUAUAUGAGAAAGACUGGAUCAAGGCUACACUAGAGGAUUUUAUGCAAUUGAACGGCACUUCUGACCGACAUAAAGACAUGGCCGCCUGUAUAAAAAAUAAUCUAAAUAAGAUACACAUUCCGCCAAUACGUAAGUGUUGUCCACGUUUGUCCCAUCCAUUAUACAUCUCUAAUACGAAUCUUGGAUUUAUCCCAAACUAG